UCCUACCGAGGACGCUGCUCUGAGGCGGACGAUUCGUUGCGGCAGAGCUACAACAGAAGUGCACCCACUGAUAGGUUUAGGCCAACUUCGGGUCAGAAGACUUCUCAUCUGCACCAUUUACCACUGUCCUCUGAUCCACCGCCACCAGCAUUGCCUGUGCAGUCGGGGCUGCAAAAGAAUAAUGCCAAUAAUUCCGCUCUUGUUCCAGUUUCCCAAUCGUCCUCUUCCGCGGGCAAUCGUUUACUGGUGAUGCCGUCGUCCUCCGCCUCCUCCUCAGCCCGGUUAUCGAAAGAGCGCAAACAAGAGUAUCCGCUGAAAGCAUCCAACCACCUCAGUUCCGGUUCGGUCCAGCAGCCCACCUCAGCCUACUUAAACUCCUACCUGCAACCUCAACCCUGCUGCAACCACGCACAGCAACCUCCCCUGCCUCAGGUGGUGCCGGGUCACUUCCGUGGUACCGAGGCACCGCAUAACAUUAUCUCCUCCCAAGAGUCCCCAGAUGGUACCUUUGAGAUAUCUGUCUGA